AGUUAGGUAGGUGGGCCAUAGCGAUUUGUUGUCACGUUGCAGUGUGAGUGUCAAUAUUGUCACGUUGUCUGGAGAAUGAUGUCUAGGUAUUAAGCAUUUGAUGAUUAAGUCAAAAAGAAAGAUCGCUUUGUAGAAUCUCUGGCAUUUUAUUCGGGGCGAGUGUAGCGACUGAUCGGGAGCGUGGACCGCACUUCUUUAGGGGACCAUCUCACCGAUACAGAGCGGCACUCAGCGCCCUUGGGGGACCAUCUCAUCGAUAUAGAGCGGCACUCAGCGCUUAUGUCUCACGGCUGCUCCGCCAUUGGAAAAACUGUAGUAUAGAGAUCUUGUUAUUGAACAGGAAGAGUAGUAUACACACUUUGUUUUUUGUCAUAUUUUAGGUUUAGGGGCUUCAGCCCCCCCAAUACCAAGUUCCUGUGCUUGUCCUGGUCCAGAGAAGAGUGGAUCUGUAGAAGAUUGGGGUCCUAUGCUUUCUCAAAUAUUUCCACUGUGAAGUCUUCUAAGCCAGACAUGAGCAGUAUUCCUGACCAGAGAGGUGGCAUGAAUCAUGGAGAUAGCUCACUCGGAUUGGGUAGCUGUGAGACAAAGAAUCUCUCUCAGCAUGUAGUUCAAGAGGUUGACAAGCAGCUUUACAAGGACAUCACUGCUGAUAACAGCUCUAGUGGAGUCGAUUCGUAUGUUCAUCAUUCUAUCAAGCCAAGCAUUCCACACAGCGAGUCCACUAUGACAUUAAACUGUAAAUAUACAAAGAUUGGUAUGAGUCCAUGUUCACUGAUGGGUUCCAGUCAGAGUAGCCUGCCAAGUACAGAGUCUGAAAACGAUUCCAACAAUGUCAGCAGUAACAGCAGCUGUGAACAACAUGACAGGGACAAGUCCCGUCAGGAGAUGAUGCAGACAGUUCAAGAGAUGAAGAAGCGCCUUCUGCUUAAGGGGCGGAGCCAGAAACCAAGCACUGCUGAUGCCUUAAAUUAUGCACUUAGAUGUGUUAAGCAAGUGCAAGCUAAUGGAGAUUACUACCAGCAGCUAUGGAGAGAUGAGCAAAUGCACCGGACAAAUGUGCCAACGUACUGCAUAGAGGAACUGCAGACUGUUCUUUCUGAACACACCCUAAAAAACACUGACUCGUUUGUGGUGCUGUUCUCUCUGAUUUCAGGCAGGAUUGUGUACAUCUCGGAGCAGGCUCCUUAUGUACUUAACUGCAAGAAAAAGCUGCUAGAGUCAUGUAGACUGGUGGAGCUUCUUGAUGCACAAGACAUCAGCGUCUUUUAUUCCCACACCAGCCAGGCUAAUCUGCCACCAUGGAAUGUUUCUUCUGACACUGUAACAUCACAUUUACAGCAUGCCCAAGUGAAACCUUUCUUCUGCAGAAUUAAGGGAGGAAAGGAACAUAAAAAUGAAAUACAAUUUUACCCAUUCCGCUUGACUCCAUACUUGCUGAAUGUUCACGAUGUGGGGAUUGGUGAAACUCAGCCAUGCUGUCUAGCCCUGGCUGAGAGGAUUCACUCUGGUUAUGAAGCUCCGAGAAUUCCUUUAGACAAGAGGAUCUUCACUACUACCCAUACACCUGGUUGCAUCUUCCUGGAGGUGGACGAGCGAGCUGUGCCACUGCUUGGGUACCUCCCACAGGACCUGAUUGGUUCAUCCAUUUUAUCUUAUCUGCACCCAGAAGAUCGUCAGUUGAUGAUACCUGUGCACAGGAAAGUGUUGAAAUAUGCAGGACAGCCACCAUUUGAACAUUCACCCCUUCGUUUCUGUGCACAGAAUGGAGACUAUGUUAUGCUUGAUACUAGCUGGACAAGCUUUGUCAACCCUUGGAGUCGAAAAGUUGCAUUUAUCAUUGGCAGACAUAGAGUCCGAAUGGGUCCAGUCAAUGAGGAUGUAUUUUCAACUCGGAACCAUAUGGAUAUGAAUUGCUCCGAUACAGAAGUUAGAGAACUACAGGGACUGAUCUAUAAGCUGCUUCUCCAGCCUGUGCACAAUAAUGGCUCUAGUGGUUAUGGCAGUAUGGGUAGCAAUGGUUCACAUGAACAGUACCACAUGGCAUCAUCAAGUGACAGCAACGGCAAUUGUGGAGAUGAGAUGUCAAAGGAAACAAUGACACUUCAGCAAAUUUGUGCAAGUGUGAACAAGGUAAAGAACCAAGGUCAGCAGGUGUACAUAGAGUCCAGGAGUAAGAUGCGGGUCCGCCGAGAUGUUAGGCCAGGAGCACAGAAGUCUGGUUUCAGCACUUUUCCCCAAUCCUCCAGGAAGCCUGAGGUGAAAGGGCACCUUAUGACAACAUCAAGGUGUUUAAGAAGUGAACGUUGCAUUCCCUCUUAUCAGCAGAUUAAUUGCAUUGAUGGAAUAAUGCGGUACUUGGAGAGCUGCAGCAGUUUGGCAAUGAAACGAAAGUUUGAAUCUUCAUCAAGUAUCGCUUCAUCUUCAACAGAGGAAGAGAAACCUUGCCCAGAAAUGCAGAGUUCAGCAGUUGUUGAAGCUGAAAGCCAGAUAUCAGGAGACCUAGCAGAGAUGCCUACAACAGCCAGAUCUGAGGUUCUGACAGGGGUUCAGCCAGCAGCUGCAGCAGUGGGUGCACCACUGACUGAUAUAACCCUGUCUAUGAAGGCGAUGAGUGUGGUGUCCACGACCAGCCAGUGUAGUUUCAGCAGCACAAUUGUUCAUGUUCCACAUCCAGAAUCAGAAGUGACAGCCACCGAGGACCCUGCUGUGGGAAUUGAACAGGGUGAGCCUCGGCCUGCUAACCCACUGGCUACAGCAGUGACAUCUGAAGAGUUCAAGAAAGUGGGCUUGACGAAGGAAGUGUUGUCUGCCCACACUCAGAAGGAGGAGCAGAACUAUGUGGAUCAGUUUCGUCAGAAAAUCCUGCAGUCGUGUUACGGCUGUCGUAUGCGAAAUGGUGGUGAAAACAGAACUGUCUUGCGAGAACAAGGAGACUUCUAUAAGAGAUUGGCUGGGACAAGCUGGAGGAAGAGCAGAUACUGCAAGCACAGACACAAGAGGCAAAAACCCCUAGAUUCUUCUGAAAGCAAUCAAUCUCAACCAAACCACUGCACAGACUUCAGAAAAAGUUCUAGUAAUCAGACAGCGUGGUCCAUUCCCCAGUCUUCUCAAGUGUGCUCCUCCAGUAUGGCGUUCCAGGCUCCCUUAAUGUUUCCUUUUCAGCCAGCAUAUUCUGUGCCUGCCUUUCCAUCCUCUGUACCUCUAGGGGCUGACUGCCCCAUACCUUUGACUAACCUUGGAGCUUCUGCUCAGGCAGAUGUGCCCUGUAACUCGCAGACAGUGCCCGGAUUCUCUGCACCUUGCAUGACUCCAGUGGUGGCAGUGUUUCUGCCCAACUACCCAGUGUAUCCUCAGAUGAACUCUGCUUUGCCACAGACCAUCAUUUCAGAGCAGUGCCAGUCUUCUUUUUCUGUGAUGUCAGAGACCCAGUUGAGCAUGCCACAGCCAGAAGCAGUAAAUCCUCCUGAAUCCCUGUGUCGCUCCUUCUCGCCUUUUUCAGACACUGGACAGCAGCAGGAGGAGAUGCCAGAAGAACAGACUGCACUUUUCAGCAGCUCUCGUAGUAGCUCACCUCUCCAAUUGAACCUUUUGCAGGAAGAGUUGCCCCAGUUUCAAGACCACCCAAGCCGGCGAGAUUCUGAAACUUCUGAGAAUUUAAAAUGUGAGGAAGGGGAUGAUGCUGAAGGCCUAAGUAACAGAGAUAAUCAAUCAAACCCCAGUGACCUUUUGGAUUUGCUACUGCAGGAGGAUUCUCAGUCUGGAACAGGUUCAGCAGAAUCAGGAAGUGGUUCUGCAGAGUCCAGCUCUUUGGUGUUCAGCUGCAGUGGAUCUGGGUCCAUUGGAACCUUGGCAAGUGGUACAGGGAGCAGCAAGUAUUUUGCUAGUAUUGAUUCUUCGGACAACUCUCGCAAGGGGAGGAUAAGACAGGAUACAAUGGAGUCGAAAGUGCUUAAAACUUGCGUAGCGGAUUCUAUGUGGACGAUGAUUGAACACACUCCCGAGGCAGUCAUGAUGACCUACCAAGUUCCUUCCAGGAAUAGAGAGAUUGUACUGAAGCAGGACCUUGAGAAACUUCUGGCAAUGAGAAAUGCACAGCCACGGUUUACUGCCUUGCAGAAGGAAGAGCUUGCAGAAGUCCAUCCAUGGAUACGAAAUCUUUCUCUUCCUCCAGAAAUAGAUAACCAGGGUUGCCUUUUCUGCGAAUUUGAUGGAACAUUCCCUCAGUUUACUGAAUGUCCAGAAACUGAAGAUACUUCAGUAGUUGACCCCAAAGAACAGAGAGAACAGCUCUCCACACCAGAUACCUUGAAACAUAAGGAUGCCUCCACCUGAGUCUGCUUUCAUCCCCUUCCCCUUUCUUUUAUUACCUAUGUUGGAAGACUCAAGGCUGGCGGUUGCUUUUCCCUUGUGGAAAUUUAAUGUACGUCCUUAUUAUUUGAAGGAGGUGGAGUUUUGAAUCACAGGUUUAUAUUCCUGUCAACGAAUGAGAUGUAUAUUUUUAUUAUGUAUAUGUUUAGCUUAUGUAUAUGUUUUGUUAUUUAAAAGACAUGGGCAGGCCCCCACUCAGAGGGAAUUUUUUUUCCUUUUUACUACUCUCUAGAGGUCACUGCCAUAGUAAACAUUUGCUAUGUGAGAUAAAUGCCAGCUUCCUGUGGAAGCCAUAUUUUGCUUUGAGGUUCAUUGUACAUAGUAUGCAUUUUCAGGGACGGAACUUGACCAGCUUUCCCCCAUGUUGGGGUGGGUGUUAAGUCGCCUGUCAGUAUUUUUUGAAAAGUUACGUUUGCACAGUUUCUGCCUUUGGAAUCCAACUGGACUGUCUUUGAAGUUAGGAGCAAGAACUGGCAGAAGUUGUGCAUCUGAGUCUGGGGACUGUAUAUGUUUGUUUACAGCAUCACAUGAGUUGUCUGUAUAUUUUUGUGUGCAUUUUGUCUCUCAGCUGUAGCAGUUCAUUGAAGCAAAAUAAUUUAAAUGCCAAAUUUGCAAAUCACUCUCCAACUUGCAUAUUGUGCUCUAUGUAGGACUGAACCUAUGAAGAAGAGUUAGUGACCCUUAUGAGUUUUGUUAAACAGAUAUUGAGAAAAGGUCCAUUGUCUCUUAGAAUUCUGUCAUAAGCAUAUUCAGAAUGUAUUUGUUUUUUUGUUCUAACUAUGUUUUGAGAACGUUUUACACACAUUUGUAUAGAAAUUAAAGAUUUAGAGCUGGA